GGAAUGAGUGUGCAGAGCAGCAGGUUACAGCUCAACGUCAGAUAAGUGCUGGAAGAACAGCUGAUCCAGAGACAAGAACCAAGACCGCUUGCCAGCCAUAAACAUGUGUGAGCCAUACUCCAAGGAGAAGACCAUUGAGCUUAGGAAAAAACACAUUGGGCCAUCAUGCAAGGUGUUUUUUGCUAAAGACCCAAUAAAGAUUGUGCGGGCAAAGGGACAGUAUAUGUUUGAUGAAAAAGGACAGCGUUACUUGGACUGUAUCAACAAUGUUGCUCAUGUUGGACAUAGCCAUCCCGAUGUGACAAAGGCUGCUCUGAAACAGAUGGAGUUACUAAACACAAACUCCAGAUUUCUACAUGACAAUCUCGUUCAGUAUGCAGAACGUUUAACUGCCACCCUCCCAGAAAAGCUUUCCGUGUGCUACUUUGUGAACUCUGGGUCAGAGGCUAAUGACCUUGCACUGAGGUUGGCUCGACAAUUCAGCGGUCAUCAGGAUGUGAUCACCCUUGAAAAUGCAUACCAUGGACACGUCACCUCUCUGAUUGACAUAAGUCCGUACAAAUUUCUUCAGCUGGGAAGUGAUGCCAAAAAGGAAUAUGUGCAUGUGGCUCCUUCCCCUGACACAUAUAGAGGCAUAUACAGGGAAGAUCACCCAGACCCAGCAACAGCAUAUGCAGAAGAAGUAAAUAAGAUCAUUACAGAAGCUCACCAAAACAAUCGCCAGAUUGCUGCGUUUAUUGCUGAAUCGAUGCAAAGUUGUGGAGGUCAAAUUAUCCCACCACCAGGCUACUUCCAGAAAGUGGCAGAAUUUGUGCACAAAGCAGGCGGUGUAUUCAUAGCAGAUGAAGUCCAGGUUGGAUUUGGACGAAUUGGAACACAUUUCUGGAGUUUCCAACUGCAAGGAGAUGACUUUGUACCAGAUAUUGUCACUAUGGGAAAACCAAUUGGAAAUGGGCACCCAAUGUCAUGUGUUGUAACCACUAAAGAGAUUGCAGAAGCAUUUGGAGCCACUGGACUGGAAUAUUUUAACACGUUUGGUGGAAACCCAGUGUCGUGUGCUAUUGGUUUGGCCGUGCUGGACAUUAUCGAGAAGGAAGACCUAAGAGGAAAUGCCAUCAAAGUGGGAAACUAUCUAGUGGAACUUCUGAAUAAAUUAAAGGAAAAGCACCAAAUGAUUGGAGAUGUCAGAGGUGUUGGCCUGUUUGUUGGAGUGGAUCUGGUUAAAGACAGGCAUCUCAGGACUCCUGCAGUAGCAGAAGCCCAGCACAUCAUAUACAAGCUAAAAGAAAAACGAAUCCUUCUUAGUGCGGAUGGCCCUCAUAGAAACAUUCUUAAAUUCAAACCCCCUAUGUGCUUUACGAUGGAAGACGCUAAAAUGGUGGUUGAGGCAAUUGAUGAGUUUCUCACAGUCUUGGAAGAAGCUACUACAAGCAGAUCAGAAGUUACCAUCAAUGGACAUAAUGGACUGAAACGUAAAGAAGCUAACGAUUACUGCAGUGAUGGCAUUAUGGAGGAAACCAUUAAUAAUAUGCGCGGAAAUGCCUGCAGGCAGGAGAGUGGAUUCACCCCGGAGAAGCGCUCAGUCACAUACAAAAGAAUCAGAACCUGAAGAAGAGGACCGCUUGCGAACAAGAAACAUGAUGUGGAUGAUUUUAGUAAUUUCUCUUAUAUAGUCUAUGUAUGCUUGUGAUUUCAAUAUAUUAUAUUGGAAUGUCAACUAGAUUUCCAUGUUUUAAUGGCUUAGAUGUAUAACACGCUGACCUUUUUUUAUAAGCUGUCAUUAGCUUGCUAACUGACUUGUUCCUGGACAUAUGACAUCUUUAUAGCCCUGCAUUUUAAGCUACAAGAUGUUGCAGAAUUUAGCAAAUGUUCUUUUAAGAAAAUGGACCGUGUGAUUUAAGCAAACUGAUACCUAAUGCCAGUAAAUGCUCAAAAUAUAUCUUAUGGCUGCAAUAUAUUACUGUGUAUGGCUGAUAAUAAUGUUGUUGAAUCGCACUAUAUACGUCACAUCCCCAGUUACUAGCAUAAACAAAAAACAGCCCUGAAAGGCCAUACUUGGUUGUGUGUGUGUUAUAUUCUUGUAUAUGAAAAUUAUAAUGCCAAUUUUAUAGAUAUUUUAAUAAAUACUCUUUUGGUGAA